AUGCGUUUUUCCCUUGCAACAGACAAUUUUUCUUGUAGUGCUUACUUCUCAUCGGAGCAAGGAGCAGCAAGAUUCGCAGCUAUUCACAAGGUGUUUGGAGCCAGCAACGUCUCUAAGCUCUUGCUUAAUGUCCCAAUCCAUGAUCGAUGUGAAGCUGUUGUCACCAUCGCCUACGAAGCUCAAGCUCGUCUUCAUGAUCCUGUGUAUGGCUGUGUCUCUCAUAUUUUCUCCCUCCAACAACAGGUAGCUUACUUGCAAGCACAAGUCAUGCAAAUGAAGGCACAUAUCGCCGGCCACCAGACGUCAGCCGCAGAAGGUACUCACCUAUUUGAGAUGUGGCAACAAACUAGUGACUCACUGAUUGAUAGUGCAUACUCCACACCAUAUAACCAUCACCAUCAUACUUACUGCGGUCACAUAAACCCUAAUAAUCCGGUCUCGCCACAGAGCUCGCUAGAAGAAUCUUUCAGCAACACAAGCAGUGACGUCGCAACUACAGCUAACGUACGAGAGACUCACCAAACCGGAGGUGGCGUAUACGGUAAGGGUGACUUAGGGUUUCAGGAAGGAUAUCCUAACAAAAAGAGAUCCGUGAGUUAUUGUAAUAGUGAUUUAGGUGAGCUUCAGGCUUUGGCUAUUAGAAUGAUGAAGAAUUAAGAUAAGUUAUUUUUGCUAAAAAUUAAGAUGAGUUGGUACUUUGGGAAAAAGAAAAAAACAGUUGGUAACUUAUCUAGACAGCGGCGAAGAAAUAAGAUGGUUUUUGACAAGAAAUAAAAGAUAGCAAAACAAUGGAUGUUCACAUGCUAUCAUCAACAAAAAUGUCUACAUGCCUGUUUGUUCUGCAGUUGUUAGCGAUGGUGGCUAAAGUUAAGCAGUGACUAGCUUAUAUUCAAUGACAGGUUUCAGCGAUAUAUCGUAAUCGAUUUAACAAAUCAUUUCAACGAUAUAGUGUUACAUGUCUUAAAUUA